ACUUUUCUCUCCUUCCCAACCACCAUUUCCAACAAACAAACUCUCCCUCUUCCUCCUCUUCUUCUUCUUCUUCUUCUUCUUCUUCCUCUUUUCCCUCUCAUCUCUCUCCUUUUGAACAAUACAAACCAUGGCGAACUCCGCGUCGGGAAUGGCGGUGCACGACGACUGCAAGGCGCGGUUCUUGGAGCUGAAGGCGAAGAGGGUCUACCGGUUCAUCGUGUUCAGGAUCGAGGAGAAGCUGCAGCAGGUGACCGUCGAGAAGCUCGGGCAGCCCGACGAGAGCUACGACGACUUCACCGCCAGUCUGCCCCCCGACGAGUGCCGCUACGCCGUCUUCGACUUCGACUUCGUCACCGACGAGAACUGCCAAAAGAGCAAGAUCUUCUUCAUCUCCUGGGCGCCUGAUACAUCGAAGACGAGGAGUAAGAUGCUCUAUGCUAGCUCGAAGGACAGGUUCAGGAGGGAACUUGAUGGCAUACAAGUGGAGCUACAAGCGACUGAUCCGAGCGAGAUGAGCAUCGACAUCGUAAAAGGGCGAGCUAUUUAAAUAACUCACUAUGCAUCUAUAUAUGCAUCAUGUUCUGGGGGUUUGAUCGAUCCCCCCCCCCCAUGUUGUCGAACAUUGGACUUCAUUUUAUUCAUUCUUUGUUUUAUUUUC